AACUAAAAUGCAAUUGAAUGCAGUUGCAACUUAAAAUUUGACUAGUUAAAACCUCCUCCAAGGGGAACUUUGGAUAUACCUCGAGGUUUGACAGCAAAAAGUGGAUUUUUCCACAAUAAUUUUCUGGGAAUUUAAAGUGGAAGCAGACUUAUUAAAAGAAAUUUCAUCAUGGGCGACAUGUUUCGCAGUGAACAAAUGGCCCUUUGCCAACUUUUCAUCCAGCCUGAAGCUGCUUAUGCAUCAGUUUCGGAACUGGGAGAAGCUGGAUGUGUUCAAUUUCGUGAUCUUAACGAUGGAUUAAAUUUAUUUCAACGAAAAUUCGUCGGUGAAGUUCGUCGCUGCGAAGAAUUAGAACGAAAAAUUCGUUACAUCGAAAAAGAACUUACCAAAAACGGUAUUGUCCUUCCCGAACUUAUCGACAAUAUUCCAAGUGCCCCAAAUCCCCGUGAAAUAAUCAAUUUAGAAGCACAUUUGGAAAAGACCGAAAAUGAAAUGUUGGAACUUAAUCAAAAUGAAGUCAAUUUAAAAUCAAAUUUUAUGGAACUCACUGAACUUAGGCAAGUUUUAGAAAAUACCGAAGGUUUCUUUUCCGAACAAGAAAAUUCCAAUUUCGAUUCGUAUCGUCGUUAUUCGAUUCAUGGAGUUUUAAAUAAUCAAAGUGGACGUGGUGAAUUAGCUUUUGUUGCGGGAAUUAUUAAACGGGAAAAACUAUUUAGUUUUGAAAGAAUGCUUUGGCGUAUAUCACGUGGAAAUGUAUUUUUGAGACGUGUUAAUUUAGAUGAACCGUUUAAAGACCCUUCGACAGGGCAUGAAAGUCAUAAAACCGUUUUUGUAGCAUUCUUUCAAGGUGAAGAACUUAAAAGUCGUAUUAAGAAGGUUUGCGCUGGUUUUCAUGCGGCUGUUUACCCUUGUCCAAGUUCUCAUACUGAACGUCACGAAAUGAUUAAAGGUGUUCGAACACGUUUGGAAGACUUGAAAAUGGUAUUAAAUCAAACCGAUGAUCAUCGUUCUAGGGUUUUGGCAACUGUUUCAAAAAAUCUAUCGACUUGGUCAAUCAUGGUGAAGAAAAUGAAAGCUAUCUACUUUACUCUUAAUCUUUUCAAUAUCGACGUUACACAAAAAUGUAUGAUCGGUGAAUGUUGGGUUCCAACAAACGACAUGAUGGUUGUUCAAAAUGCCUUAGCUCGUGGUUCUAAUGAAGUCGGGAACUCAAUUCCAUCGUUUUUGAAUGUGAUCAAUACCAAUGAACAACCACCGACUUAUAAUCGAACAAAUAAGUUUACCCAAGGCUUUCAAAACCUCAUUGAUGCCUAUGCUAUAGCUUCGUAUCGUGAGGUGAAUCCGGCUUUGUACACGAUCAUUACGUUUCCAUUUUUAUUCGCGGUUAUGUUUGGAGACGUUGGCCAUGGAUUGAUUAUGUUGAUGUUUGGAGCUUGGAUGGUUAUUUGGGAAAAGGGUUUGUCAAAAAUGCGAGGUGGUGGAGAGAUUUGGACAAUCUUCUUUGGUGGACGUUAUAUAAUUCUACUUAUGGGAAUGUUUUCUCUUUACACCGGAUUCAUUUACAAUGAUUUGUUUUCCAAGUCGAUGAAUAUAUUCGGUUCUGGUUGGAGAGUCCACUAUAACUAUUCUACUAUCAAGGAUAAUCCCACUUUACAGUUGAAUCCCAAGAACUACACAGUUGGAGUUUAUCACUUGGGCAUGGAUCCAAUUUGGCAAUUGGCUGAAAACAAGAUCAUAUUCCAAAACUCCUACAAAAUGAAACUCUCCAUUGUUUUUGGAGUGACUCAUAUGUUUUUUGGAGUUUGUAUGAGUGUAGUUAAUCAUGUUCAUUUCCGUCGAUGGGGAAGUAUAUUUAUGGAGUUUUUGCCACAAGUUUUGUUCUUGUUGUUGCUUUUUGGAUAUAUGGCAUUUAUGAUGUUUUUCAAGUGGAUUAAGUACACUGCUGAAACUGAUGUGUUGGAGAAUACACCUGGAUGUGCUCCAUCGGUAUUAAUUAUGUUCAUUAAUAUGAUGCUGUUUAAGUCUACACCACCGUUGGAAGGUUGCAAGGAGCAUAUGUUUGAGGCGCAAGAAUAUUUGCAAAUGGGUUUUGUUGCUAUUGCGCUAUUGUGUAUUCCAUGGAUGUUGUUUUCUAGACCGAUCUAUAUUCAUAUUAAUCGAAAGAAGAAGCUUCAAAUGGUGAAUCAGAAUGGAACAGGUGCAGACAGCUCUGGAGAACAUGGUGGUGGCGGUGGUGGGCAAGGACAUGAUGAUGAACCGAUGGGAGAGAUACUUAUUCAGCAAGCGAUCCAUACUAUUGAAUAUGUUCUUAGUACGAUUUCACAUACUGCUUCGUAUUUGCGCUUGUGGGCUUUAUCAUUGGCUCAUGCUCAACUUUCAGAAGUACUUUGGGGUCAAUUAUUUUCAAUAGCUUUCUUAAUACCAUCUUUCUAUGUUGGCCCACCAUUGAUAUUUUUACUAUUUAUUGCAUGGAGUUUUUUUACAAUAGCCAUUUUAGUUAUGAUGGAGGGUUUGUCGGCAUUUUUACAUACUUUGCGACUUCAUUGGGUUGAAUUUAUGAGUAAAAUCUAUGAAGGUGCUGGUUAUGCUUUUAUGCCAUUUAGUUUUCAAGCUAUUCUUAAAGCUGAUGAAGAAGAAGAUUAAAAUGACUAAUAUGUAUUUGUUUUGAUUGAAGUUAUUAAAUUAAAAAUAUGUACAUAGUUACUACUACUAUAUAAUGUUA